AUGCGUGAAUCAACGAUUCUUACCAUCCUUCUUAUUCUCAAUUCCCUUUGUGCAGUUCUCUCAACAAAUUAUCACUUCACAUUUCAUGUGAAAUUACACUGUGGGAUUCCCUAUCGUAAGGUCGGAUACAAUGCUCAGUUUUUCGAUAAAGACUAUAUGUGGUUCAACAGUGAUGACCCAAUUACUGAGCAGUAUAAAACCGUUGCUCCGCCGGGUGAUAUUGCUUUCAAAGCAGAAGGAACGCUCACGGGAGACGAGUGGCUGACUGACUUUUUCGAAGUGAAAAUGGUGUUAUUCCACACUUGCACACCGAGUGGAAAAGCAAUGGCAGUCGAUUUGGUUUUAUAUCCAUGGGCAUACAAUCACUAUAAUUUGGAGGAUGACAAGUAUUAUCGAUACGAAUUCACAAGAAAUAUCACAGAGCUUAGUGGAGACCUUGUUCAGCCCGCUAGAUUGGAUAAAACUUAA